GGGCUUCCCCCCUCCAAGGCUGCGCUGGGACCUUCUCCCUUCGGCGCUGAGGGCGGGGAGGGGGUCCCUCCGUGCCACGCCGCCGCUGCCUACCCUGUGAUGCGAGGCACAGGCAUGCUCAGUAGCCGGUGCCUACCCCUCCUAUCUCAGCAACAGUGCCUACGGUACUAGGAGACCGCUUGCAGCGGGAGCGGAGCCGGAAAGCCAUCUUUGCCGGAGAGGGAGGCAGCAGCCGCUGAGCCGCUCGGCAGCCGCCCGGUGCCCGCCAUGUCUGCUCCAGCUCCUACUCAAGGUCCCACCAGUGCUGGAGCUGCAGGGCCACCUCCAGCUAGCAAUGUGUCAAGCAACAAACGGCUGCAACAGACACAAGCCCAGGUGGAUGAGGUGGUAGACAUCAUGAGAAUGAACGUGGACAAGGUGCUAGAAAGAGACCAGAAGCUAUCAGAACUUGACAACCGGGCAGAUGCAUUGCAAGCAGGUGCCUCACAGUUUGAAACCAGUGCAGCCAAACUGAAGAGAAAAUACUGGUGGAAAAAUUGCAAGAUGAUGAUCAUCCUCGGUGUAGUAUGCGCAGUCAUUCUCAUUAUAAUUAUAAUUUAUUUCUCCACUUGAAAAAGCAAAGAAGGAAGACUUGGCACAACUUUGUUCAUAUCAACCAACGAUAUCAGUGUUCCUUUGUUGAACUCCGCUUUUUAAUUCCCGGUGUCUUGGGAUUUUUGCUUGUAAUAACCCAUAAGCAUUCGGUGUGGUGUGUUUUGGGAUUCUGUUGUUUCCACAAGAAACUGUACCAGCUAAAUACUGCCAAGUAGUUCCAUACACUGUCUUAUCACUGUGUCUUAAAAUGUGUACGCACUGACCUUCAGAAACUGUAGUCUGUGAAAAGCAUCCUAAACAUCUCAGAAUGAGAGAAUGCAGCUGUGGGGAAACUCCUGCUUAAAGGGACACUGUCAGGUGGAUUGGACCCAAACUUAAGGUUGCAGCAAACAUCAGGGCCAAAAUUCUGCAUCUGAGCAGCUGAGGUUGGAUGACAAAAUCCACUAUCAGUUGUAACUUUCUGAGGUAGUAUCUGUUACUCCCAUUGAAGAGAGUGGUACCAACAAUUAUUCAUGUAAGACAUCUUAUUUCAACUUAGUGAACCAAACAGAGAUUUUUUUUUUGAGAUUAGUUGUGGGAUCCAAGUCUAAAAACAUGGCCUGCAGAAAAUAAAUGGUGGAUUUCAAUUUUAUGGAUUUAAAUUUUUGCUUAUGAGGUGUUCUGUACAACCAGGAUUGCCUCAAUAUGAAAGCCAGAAACAAAACUGUAUGACAACCAAAAAGACAUUAGCUAGCACAAUCUUGAAAGGGCCAAGUGAAAUGCAAAAAUGGUCAUAUAAGCGUAAUACAUGACUAAGAUACAGACUCUUGCUAAAAACUCAAGGCACUCUUUUGUGUGGCAAUUCCUAAUACUUACAGCCCUAGCCUAAAGGACAUGAACAAUUUGGGUGAUGUCUGUGGCUUCUCAGCACAGUUGUAGGAAGCUACCUCUGCUCCAUUUUGCAGAAACAGUCUCCACUCUGAGGACUGUUAAAAAAUCAGGAAGGAGGAGGUAUGAGUAAAUAGAGGGAACAGUGGAGAGAGGCUAAGGAAGGAAAAGAUGCCUAGCAAAGCUUUCCUGGAGAAGAGGAAGGCAGAAAGACACUGUUCCAAAGUGGUGGUGUUAAUAGGCUUUUAAAAACUUUAAUUUUUGUGUGGUUAUAGUUCAUAAACUAUAGUGUUGUCUUUGUAAAGUGCUCAGCUGAGAUAUUUUUCAUACUCAAAUAGUUUAACAUUUUAUGUAUUUAAAUGAAAAAUAUCUUGUGGUUUGAGAGAAAGUUCUUGUAUGUUGCUGUUGUAGAGUUUCUCCCAGAUAUUGAAUUCCUUGGGUUGUUUUCUUUUUUUAAACACUGGAUUAGUUUAAUCACAAAGAACCUAACUGAAAUCGAAUUAUCAAAUUUUGAGCUAGGGAAUUCUGAAAGGGUCUGUUCAGGAUGACUCCUUCAGAAUUUCUAAGAAGAAGUAGAAUUUAAAAAAGAAAUGGCUUAAGGUUGGUUUGGGUUGAUGGCUUUUUUUGUCCUCAAUUUAUUUAGGACAUAGAAAUGGUGAUGGUAGUAGUGUAACUAUUCCCACUGCAGAGUAUCUGUCUUGACAUGGUCUUAGAUUAAAAAAACACAGACCAGUUUGUUGCACUGAAUACAUAUACAAAUUGUGCUUAAGUAGAGUUUCACAGAAAAAAUAAGCAAUGAUCAGCUGAAAGGUUCCAGUUACAUUUUUUCCACUAUUUAUUGUUUGACAUGGAUAUGUACUAUUUAGUAUCAGUAAGUAAUAAGUGGCCACAGUCUUAAUGAAACUUAACUUUCAAAGUUACUAAUGUGCUACUGGCCUCCCUGGUAUUCCCCAUUACAUCAGUCUUCUGUCUGAGUCAUAAGCACUUCUGAAAUCCUCAUGGGCCACAUGGAAAAUUCUGCUGUCGUGAAGGGCCUGACUCUGUUAGGUGCCACAGCUGAAUGCUAUAUAUAAUUGAGCCUUCACUGGAAACAGAGUAAGCUGUCCAACUUCAGCACCUUUUUUAAACUACUAAGAUAUUUAGCUAGCUGAUACAAAAGAAUUCUCUCCAAAGAGUGAGACCCUGCCACCCAUAACCAUGUUGAGCAUGUCUUGAUCCUCACAGGGCUUUUUUGCAGGAAUGCCAAAAGGAUUCAUGAUUCAUGAGAUAACUUUCACUGGAGAUGGUGCAAUCAGUAAGGUUAUGUGCUGCUACAGAUCCCUUAUGUAGAUCCUUAAUGCCUUCUCCUAUGAAGGUCUGAACUGACUACUUAGCUGAUACUGCUGCAAAUCCACAUCAAAGAGUUUGAAUCCUCUAGCUACAAAGUUUCCAAAUGAAACUGCUCUAAGGAGGCAAAGCUUAUAACCUCCUAGCUAAUGUAUCUCAAGCUAGUCAAAGCCCAAGCUUUGAGUGAGGAAGAGAAAUUGCUGGUUGUGGAAUAUGUACCCACUCUCACUCAAAACGGUAACUAAUAGGGAUGCCUGCUAAAUGUUGGUGAGAAAUUGCAAGGAAGAGUUUAGUCAAGAAACCUAGCCUCUAGUAGGCUGUAAAAUGGUUGUGAAGAGACAAUUUCCUCUUGUGUGCUAAUGAAAUAUGCUAAAUGAAUGUGUCUUUUAAGUCAUUUGCAUGUAGUGUGUUUGUGAAUGCUGAUGUUUCCUUGUCAUGCUGUGCUGGUUGGUUGCAAUCAGUAAGAUAAGAUAAGACAUGUAACAUUUCUAAUUCAGCCCAGGAAGAAUAAACAAAUACGUCUUUUCUCGAUGCACAGAGUCGAACUGCUCCUGCAGAGGGUUAAUUCUUCUGCAAGGAGAACACAGUAACACAGGAUUGUUCAGGGUCAUAGACUAUGAAACUUUAUCUUGCAUAGGUAGACUGGUACAGAGGACAAUCUAUAUAAACACAGUUGGAGAUCUUAUUUGUGUUGAAGCCAGGAUUGAUUGCUUUCCACUCACUUCCUCUACAUUUAAAAUGUCCAUGCAAUGACAACUGUCCACUUGCAAUCAUCAGUUUCCCUGUUUGGUCAGCACUGAUUUCAGCUAUACUCUUCAUCACAAACUACUGCCUGGGCUUUUACCUUAGGCUGGAAAAAGGUGCAAAGGGCUUCAUUUUACCCAUUCUCCAGCAAACCCUCAGGGGGCUGCAAGGCUGAUUGCUUUCUGACUACCAUUUUGGAGACUGACCUGAAGACUUCUCUGUCUGGAAGCAAGGAUUUUGGUAGCUUUAGCCAGAAUUGGGCAUUGUUUGAGACUUGCGUAUUCUAUCCUUACAGGAAACACUUACUCGUCCUCUGAUUUCUGAGCUAGCACUGCACAGUGGGGAUGCCAGCAUGAUAUGCCAUUCAGAAACAGAAGAGUUAAAAUGACACUGUUAAGAGCUGGUCUGUACUUUUACCACAGCUGCUUUUUGCCUCGCUGAUGAGUGCUUGUCAUCUUCUGAGGUUGAAAGUGUGUUAUUUGCAUCCACUGUCCACAGCCUAGUAAGAUCCUGCUUGGAUGUCACACCUUCAUUCUAAUUUAGCUCACCUGGCAAUAACAUAAACAUGGCUUUAAACUUAAAAACAACUGGUAGGCAAACUUGCAGGAACAAGUAGUGUGUAAGCCCAAAUGGGGCACUUGACCUGAUUUUCACUUGACAACAUUAUGUAACAGCACAGCCAAUCCAAUGUAGUCCAACAUAAUCCAAUAUUAUUAGAAGAGGAGAAGCUGAUAAAGAUUCUGAAUGUAACCUAGGGUUUGUAAGCCAAGAAGUGAUUUAGAAAUGUAGCUAGCACUUUAAUUCUGUUGGAACCUGCAUGAAGUUAGCCCUAGGAACAGUUCCAGCAUGGCUUUUUUCUUUUUAAAUCGUGAUCUUCAACAAGUGAUGUCAGCACUUGCAGUCAUGGAAAAACAGGACAGUAUUAACAGGAAUUAAUUAGAACAGCCACAAUCUACUGUGGUUUUGACAGGGUAGCAAGACCUUUUGAAAUUCUCCUGUUUCUGUGUCUCCUUUUUGUCACUACCCCUCUGACUGGGCUUCCCGUAACUUUAUGAACAAACAGCCGAGCUACUUUUUGUCUGACUACAAUGGAUUUUAGCUCUUAAGACCAAGUUCAUGACUUGACAACUGUGUUAAAAAAUGAUGUCUGCUUCUCAGAGGUGCAUCUACUAUGGGAGUCUCAAAUUUCAGGAACCUUUAGAAGCUCAGAUGUUAACUCUUUUUCAUGUUUUUACAGAGUUUUUCUCUAUUCUAUGGGAAGUUAUUCAUCCAGUGGGAGUUUGCAUAGUCUAUUAUUUUUCUAUAACAUUGCUUUGAUUAUACAUGUUGGUGCUAGAUCUUUGCAAAGACACUACAGAGGACUUGGGUAUGAUCCAGGAUUUAGAUUUCAACCCUGCUUCUCUUGCCCUUUAAACAAGGAAGAGGUCUAAACCAGUAGCCAUAUAAGGCACUGGGCUCACUCCCAAGGUACACAGUGAGUAUCGGAGAAAGUCCUCAAAGAGACCAAAGUCUCUUCGGUCUGGAUUCGUGUCCUGACCUGUACUUUAGACCUAUAAGAGAUCAUAACCUUUGGUCCCUCUUGUGUAGUCAGAAGAGUAAGAUGCUCUUCCAUCUAGUUCUUCCUUUCACAUGAUUUAGGUCCCUCUUGCUAGAUGAGAUAUAUUUGAGCACGUUGUCCUUCAUGCAAUAGAAAGCACAAAGCAUCCUCAAAUUACCUUCUUUAAAAGCAAAACCAAAAAGACUGAAGAAUGUAGUUUGAAAAAAAAAUCAGUGGUAUCUAGAGAAAUGAUUGGCUGGUGAUUUCUCAGGUGGGGCCAGUAUUUUCAGGAGGGAUAUUAGACUGGCGAGUAUGAAACAAUGAAACCAGAACCUCAUAUCAAUUGUUCUUUCUUCAUCUGAUAUCCUUCAGAAACAUUUCUCUCUGCCACUUCAAGAAAGGAUUUUGUUUUCCCCUUCAGCUAAUUUAUCUUCCUUAUUUCAUUAAUGUGUAUCUCCAUUGAUACACUCAGCAGCCUUUUUCCUCCAUUAAGAACCAGAGGGCUGCUUGCCUUUAAACAUAUGAGUAAAAAGAGAUCUAAGCCACCCAAGGAGUUUACCUUUCUUCCUGAUGCACUGACAUUUAAAAGCUAUAUCUUACAAUAAAGCAGAAAAACUGUGGCAGUCCAGCUACAUGCAGUUUUGAUGGAGUAAACACUUGAUUAUUCAACAAUGAGUCAUUUCUGCAGUAACCUCAUUCUGUCAUGACUGUAUCACAUCUGCUAACUAUCCAAAGCAAAAAUCAUAACCUGUGCUGGUUUAAAACAUGAAUACAGCAUCAUGCUUCAUAUGUAACACUCUAUUCAACCAAAGAAGCCAUGUGGUAUAAAUUUAAAAGGGCAAAGUACUUUUCUCAAAGAGAAAAUAUUGAGAACAACAAAGGUAAUUAUGGAAAAUGCUUCUCCAUUCUUUAGCUCUUCCCACAGCAUCUGGCUUCUCUAUUAUUCUUCAAGUCUCCCUUUGUUCUCCAAGAAAGCCUUUGUGUUUUGAGAGUGUAGUCUAUUUGGAACAUAGCAUAUUAGGGCUAAGGUUGUUCUGCUGCCCUCUGAGUUGACUCCCUGCCUUCUGCCAUUGUUUACCUCAAUCAGAGCCCUGGCAGGCCAGAGUGGAGCUGAACCUCCACCCUAUAAUGCUCUUCUGUCUUCAGACCAGCUACCACUGAUGGGAUGAGAACACUGGAAGUAGAAUAUGGCUCUUGGAUCCUCAUUUGAUUCAAAAUGAUGCAACACAAAAGAAGGCUUCUGACUGCUAGACAACAGCAUUUUUACUACACUAAUUAUUAAACACUGGAAUUUUAAUUAAAUGUAUUUAAUGUUCCUUGUAACAGUAAUUUCAUCAAUUUUGAUGGAAAAGAGAGGAAAUAGCAAAUAAGGAUAGUGUGAUAAUGACAAAAUAGUAAAUUGAGAAACUGUUUAAGUGAAAUACAGCCAACAUUCAGUAAACUCGUUUUUAUAAGUGGCUAUACCUAAGAGCACUUUUCAGAUGUUAAAACUAAGCAGUCUAUUGAAGUGUAUAUGGACUACAACUUGAACUGUUACAAAUGGUAGUUAAAUUUACUUCCUUUCACUUUUUAAUUGAAAACACGGGAGAUACAUGCAGGAAGGAUGAUCUAGGGUUUUUUGCAGAGAGCACCAUUUGGGGUUUAGCGUCCAAAGAUACGCUGCUGUUGUCAGCUGCAGAAGUGGUGACAGACUUCAGUCAAAUAGGGCUCCAGAGUGCUUGGUGAAGUAAAGAUACAAACUGAAUGGCUACUUUGUUGUGUAGCACUUUGAUCUGCCAGUAAUGAAGUCUUUUUGACACAGCAUGAUUAUUUUGCUUACCCUUCUUCCAUUCGAGUGUCUAUGCUUGUCCACCAAUAAAAGGUCUAAGAAGAGGAUGGAAAAUCACUUUGCUGAAUCCAUUACAUUCCCCUCAUGUAUAUGUGAAUACAUGGAUGUCUGAGCUUUUGUAAUGAAAAGACUUUCAAAUAAUUAAGAGGUCUCAAUAUUUGAAUCUAUUCUUCAUCCUGAUAAACUGCAGGUCUAUUUAAAGUAAGAGUAAAUAAUGGCUGCUGUGGUUGUUUUCUUUGUAAGAUCAAUGUUUGAGAUAGUGCAUAUAAUGGAGUUAUGCCUAAAUGUUUUCAGAAGUUGAGCUGUUAGUACCCAUAGUAUCAACCUGAAAGGUUGCAACAAUUUCUCCAUUAGCCACAGUAGUGUUGGUUGGACCUGAAAAUUUGGUGGUCAGCUUGGCUGCCUUGCUGCUAGCAAGCUACAGCGUACUAAGUAAUGUAAGGUCAGCCUUUCAUGAAACUGAAGGGAAGAAAAGAUCCUGAAUAAAACUAGAAAUAUACAGUAAAGGCCAUGGGUAUACAGUUUAAGCAUUACUUAUUUAAGUAUUAUUUAUCUAUUAUUUAAAGCAUUAGCAGCUAGACAAAUAGUUGAAUAAUUAAUUUCCAAAGCCUCUUUAUUGAUGGAUGGGUAUUUUUUCUCAUUAGAAAUGCUGAGUUCAAUCUAUGCUCCAUUUGCUUUUUCCCUAUAUUGGGAAUAAAAUAAAAUGCUAAUGUAGCUGAGACACACUCACAUGUCUGCACAAUAUAAUGUUACUGAUAGCCCACUACUUGUCAUAAAAGAUAUCAUUUCUUUGUCUUGUAAAGUCCUCACUCCCCUGACGCCAUACGUGGUAAAAUAUUAGUCACAUUAUGUAUAUCAGCACCACUUAAAGAUUAGAAAUUGUUACCUCCUACUCAAGAGCAGGGCUUAAAAACAUCCUUUGUGGCAAAAAUACAUUUUGAGGGGGAAACACCAUCUGCAGUAGAGGUUAAUUUUUUUGAGAACUGGUUUUUUUCCUCCUCCUUUCUGAAAGAAGUGCUUAUAUACAUAGACAAGCAUUUGCCACUUGGGUGAUAAUGUUCACUUUCAACUUGUGAAAGAGAUGAAACAUAGCCAGCAUCUGCUGUGAACAACCUUCAGUUUGUUUUGCAGUUCUCUUAGUAGCAAUAUAGGAACAUUUAUUAUAAAGUUGUUUUGGUCAUUGCAGGAAAUGAGUCUAUAACCAGCUAAUUAGUAUUUUCCUUAAUGACUUAUGCUUCAGUCUUAACACACAAAAGCGGCCUCUGGGGGUGCUGUCUAACCAGCUCAGCACUGUAGACUUUAAAUGGUCAGAUAGUUGAGUAUUUCACACUCUCUGGCCCAGAGUAAAGAGCAAAAGAUGCCCUGUUCUGGAAGUGACUUCAACAUGUGCUUAAACAUUUAGAGAAUUUCCAUUAGCUGUUUAAGAUAACAAAAUCUAGUCCUUACUAAGUCCAGGCCUGAUACAGAAUCUGUGCCAUGUUCUGAUUCAGUAGAGGAAAAGCCUUUCCUUUGAAUGAUAGAAAAAUCAGAAUGGAAAGGACCCUUGAGGUUUAUCUAGUCUAAUCUCCUGCUCCAAGCAAGGCCACUCUUGAAGUUGUAUCAGGCUGUACAAGGUUUGUCUUGAUGGGUUUUGUAAAUGUCCAAGGUUGGCAAUUCCACAAGCAAAUUCUGCCAUUGGAUAUAUUCCCUGCCCUCCUAAGGCUGAUAAAGUGCAGUAUGCACCUCCAUAUGUGUAUGUGGUUUAUGCAGGUUUUUUUGUACACUGAUGUGAUUACAGUAAAUUCAGAUCUAGUAGGAAUAAGUGCAACCCCCAUUUUUCAGAGAGCUUCCACUGACACCAAUAACAUUUUUUCCUCAUUUACACUGGACUGAGCGAGAUCUGAUCAUGCUGAGGGUAUCAGUGCUUUCUCCCCAGUGAAGCCUGCUCUUCUGACACUGAAACUGAUGAUAGGCGCAGGGUCAGAUCCAGGACGUGACGUGAAGUCUAGUUCUGUGCUGUCUGAGGUCAGUGACAAAACCUUGAUUGGCUACUAAGUUACCAGACUGGCACCCAAGAAAAGAGAGGAUUUACUGAGAUUACUAUUUCUCCUCACAAGUCAUCUUAGCAAUGCCACCUCAAUGGAAAGGCAAGCAAAACAAAAUCCUUUCUUCUACCUCUUUCCUUACUCUUCAAGCUGUGCUUGUUCUAAUAAGAAAUAGGUCUUCAGUUGCCCUUUUAAAAACUAAACUCCAGACCAAAUAUUUAGUUGCAACCUUUUAAAGGCCACAGAGUGAUGUUGAGCUUUCUAGUAAUGCACUCAGAAAGGAUCUCAAAGUCUCUGCUGAGAACAGCAUUUCUCACCUCAUAGGCUCAGCCGUACUAAGCAAGAAAUUGUGAUUUGUGCCUCUACAGAAAACAUUCCAUUUGCAUCUUAUUAGAACUACCUGGGAAGGAAAAAUCUGGAGGUCAGUGAAAUUCCAUUUAUAAAUGAUGAAUGCAUGCAUUUUGAUGCUAAAAUUGUGAUGACUGAGUUUGAUAUUCCUUUACUUUUCUGUGGAUGGUGAUUUUUUUUAAGUAGUGAACAUAUUUUACAGGAAUAUCGUAGACAUUUGUAACAUGUAUGUU